AUCCGAAGAAAAAUGACCUACGAAGAAGGAAGUUCAAGUAAUGCAGUUCACAACCAAGGUAGCUUUUCACCUCAAAAUAACAAAGAAACUUUGGAAGAGGAAGUCGAAUCUGUGGAGCAAUCCUACCAAAUUAUUUUUGAUAGCAUCGUAACAUCGAAUGAAAGCUACAUAUUUUCACCAAUUUACGUGGUCCCUAGUAGGCUAAGAGAAGUCAGCGCUAACUCAUUCACCCCCAGGGUGGUCUCUAUUGGACCUCUACACAAAGGACAAACGAAUCUGAAAUCAAUGGAAAACAUGAAAAAGAGUUACUUCGUUAAACUAUUGCGUGAGGUAGGCUCACCGGAGCAAACUCUUCAAAACUGUAUGCAAAUGGUGAUGGGUUCAAUGGAAGGAAUUAGGAGAUUUUAUUUCGGGAUGGAUUUAAACGUGUAUACUAAUGAUGAGCUUGCUUUGAUGAUGGUUAUAGAUGGUUGUUUCAUACUUAGAUAUAUUAAUAAUCUUUCUAUAAGUGGCAAUUUAUAUUCGGACAACAAGUUACGCAGUAGGAAUAUUGCUUUGGACCUGGUGUUGCUAGAAAAUCAGAUCCCAUUUUUUGUUCUUCAAUACAUCCAUGACCUCAUUGUCCAAAAAAUGCAACCACAAUCCAAUCUAACAACCAUGCUUAAGGUUAUACUAGAUCACAUCAAUCCUUUUGAAGAUCCCUUAAAACUUGAAAAUGUUGGCACAGAUGCAACUCAUAAACACAUUCUUGGCCUUCUACACACAUGUUACAAACCUAUAUUUCGUGAACUACCGAUAAUAUCCACAGUUCCAAUAGCCCACUCAGCCGUAGAACUAGAUAGAGUUGGGGUGAAGAUCAAGCCGAAUAAAAGCUUGACUUGGCCAAUGGAAAUGAAGUUUAAAAAGAAAUCUAAGUUUUGGCAUAAACCUACUCUCAAAAUGCCAGUAGUGCGUGUUGACAAUUUCUUUGAAGUGGUGUUAAGGAACCUCAUUGCAUACGAGCAGUACUCUCCGGUUGAGAAUUAUGUUACAUCAUAUGCCAUGGCAAUGCAUAUGCUAGUCCCUACUCCAGCAGAUAUUGCUAAGUUGGGAAAAUCAGGUGUCAUUAUCAGCUACUUGGGUUCAAACGAAAAGGCUUCAAAUUUGAUAAGCAGCAUAUGUGAAAAUGUCAACUUGCCAGAUUUCUAUUACAUGGAACCAUGGAAGAAUAUAGCUCAACACUGCAACAGUUACUGGCCCAGGAAUUUAGGGGUGUUUAAGGGAACAUAUAUCGAUACUCCAUGGAAGGUGAUUGCUCUACUUGCUGCAAUUGUAGUGUUUCUUAUUACUGUAAUUCAAUUCUUUCGUUAAACUAAUUACACCAUUUGUUUGAUUUGAAAAUAAUUACCACAAGAUUUCUACCAUUUGAUAUAGAGUUUCUUUUGUUGUUA